AUCCUGCGACCCUGCCAAUGGGACGCAGACGCAGUGGAGCAGAUCUGGGCUCGGCUAUCACAAGGCGCAUCGCAGAUCACGUUGUGCAGCGAGCAGUGAGUGGUUUUUCUGCCGCGCUGCGUCCGCAGACGUCUGCUUCUCUUGACGUCAGGCGAAGUCUGAGGCGACCCAGCGGCGCGCACCCGAGCAGCAACCACAUCGCUCCCGCCCGGGUGAAGGAGAGCACGUCUCAGCUGCAGAUCGCCGUUUAGCUUUAGCGUGGCGAAUCCCAUCGGCGUUGUAGGAUGCCUCUUGGAGAGGAUGGAAAUGGAUGGAAAAAGAAGACGUCUGACAUCAAAGAGCAUUAUGACUUCAAAGAAGUGCUGGGAACGGGAGCUUUCUCCGAGGUGGUUCUAGCCGAGGAGAAGAGAACCCAGAGGCUGGUCGCCAUCAAGUGCAUCCCCAAGAAAGCGCUGGAGGGCAAGGAGAACAACAUCGAGAAUGAGAUCGCGGUGCUGCACAGAAUCAAGCACCCGAACAUCGUUUCGCUGGAGGACAUCUUCGAAAGCACGUCUCACCUGUACCUCGUCAUGCAGCUUGUGUCCGGAGGCGAGCUGUUCGACAGGAUCGUGGAGAAAGGCUUCUACACGGAGCGAGACGCCAGCCAGCUGAUCCACCAGAUCCUGGACGCGGUCAAGUACCUCCACGACAUGGGCAUCGUCCACAGGGACUUGAAGCCGGAGAACCUGCUGUACUACAGCAUGGACGAGGACUCCAAGAUCAUGAUCAGCGACUUCGGGCUGUCAAAGAUCGAGGGCGUGGGCAGCGUCAUGUCCACAGCCUGCGGAACCCCUGGAUACGUGGCUCCGGAGGUUCUCGCCCAGAAGCCGUACAGCAAAGCAGUGGACUGCUGGUCCAUAGGAGUUAUUUCAUACAUCCUGUUGUGCGGAUACCCCCCCUUUUACGACGAAAACGAUGCCAAGUUAUUCGAGCAGAUCCUCAAAGCCGAGUAUGAGUUUGACUCUCCGUACUGGGACGACAUCUCCGACUCAGCCAAAGACUUCAUCUGUCACCUGAUGGAGAAGGACUCCAUGAAGAGGUACACGUGUGAGCAGGCCCUGCAGCAUCCAUGGAUCUGUGGAGACACGGCUCUGGACAAGAAUAUCCAUGAAUCCGUCAGCGCUCAGAUCAAGAAGAACUUUGCCAAAAGUAAAUGGAAGCAAGCCUUCAACGCCACGGCGGUGGUGCGCCACAUGCGGAAGCUGCAGCUGGGCACCAGUCUCGAGGGCCCGAGCCAGAUCACCCCCACCAGCCCCUGCCACGGACAUCUGCUCCCGGAGGAGGAGGAGGAGGACGAGGACGACCUGGGGAACGGGGAGGAGGAGAGCUUGUCCCACUACGAGGACGGCCGCCGUGGAAGCACGGAGGGCAGCGCAGACCGGGACAGCCUGAGGAGCUGCACCUACUGCUGCAGGCCGGCCAGCCGCGUCUGAGCACCCCCCACCCCCCCCCCCCCCCCCCCCCCCCCCCCCAAAGGCCACGUCGGCCACGCACCCACAGUCCACCCGCCCAGUCUGGCCAGGAGAGCAGAGUAGUCGUCAGACAGCGGAGCACAGCCAGAGGGUCACAGGGCGCCACCCGAAGACGAAGGCGAGAGUUCACCAAAAAAAAUAAAAAUAAAAAAAGCCUGUCUGCACUGUCGUCUCCACGCAGACUCACGUUCUGCCCAGCGGAAGCUGCUGUCACCCGGUGUGUCCGAGGCGUGAGCGUCUCCAUCGCCUGCUCCGCCGCUGCCCGUCACAUCUACCUCUGAUCACACUCGCUGAGACGCACGCUUUCUCCCGAACGCUGCUCAGACGGAGCUCACGCGGACGCAUGUCUUCAUUCAAACAGCUUCUACGUGAGGGAGGGGAGCACCGGCGUGUCCUCGCUCCCCUUCGCCUCCGUUUGACCGCGCUCGUCUCUUCCUCCACAUUUCCUGCACUCACUCUUACUGGUUCAACCUUUUUUCGGGAACGGAGGCCCGUGACACGUCAGGUGUGGUUCCGGCUGUUAGGAACUCUCUGUUCUGGCUCAGACUGGGUUCGUGAGGACUGGUUCUGACCCGGAGGGUCUGCAUGCUUCGGUGGGGGGAAAAACUGAAAAUGUACCAAUAUCAAAGGAGACUUUUCUUUUUUUAAAUUUUCGUUUUAUGGCUGUUCUGUUAUCAGAGGCUCACACUGAGACCCCUGCGAGACACAGAGGGUCUCGUCGUGCGCAGGAGGGCUCGGCCCACCGGCGGCGGGUCUCGGGCUCCGAGGGAUCUCAGUCUGGACGCUCUGCCUGCUCUGUGCUGUGCACCUCUAGUGGAAGACGUUUUGGUCUACUGUUUGCAUGACCUGGUUAAAUAUGUUUACAUGAAUGAUGAUCAAUUAGUAUAAACACACAUGAUUAUUAUUACUCUGUUGUAUUGAAAAAUUAUGUAAUACUGUAAUUUUGAGCUAUAUAAUGUGAAGUGAGUAACACCAGACGUUGUUGACAAAGUACAACACAGCACAGUGGACUUCUAGUUUGCACCGGAGACGUUUCUCCGGUGCUUCGUUUAUUUACGACGCCGAUAUUUUGUUCCCAGUCUGUUCUUCGCUGUCGUUUCCGUAGAUUCUCUCUAAACUAUUCACAGCUACCUGAUAGAGGAAAUACUAGGAAUAUUUCCAAAAGGUUACAGCCACAGUGCAUGACGUGAAAAAAAACAACAAAACAAAGAUGCUGGAAACAUCACCUGUACGUCUGCGAGUGUGUUCGCUCUGCGUCCGUCCUCAUGGAACCAAGGACUACAGCACUAAAGCCAUACGGGGGACGAAGAGGCGUUUCACGGCCGAUUCAGACGCGUCGUCAUAUUUUCAGGAGAGUCGACGUAGAGAAGAAGCAAGGGAGACAAAACCGCUGCAGAGACGAGCUACAAGAACUUUAUUCCACGGCAUCAUUGGCUUCUGUUGGUCAGCUAGUCAGCGAGGUGGGAUGGAGUUGCCACGUUAAACCGGGUCCUGCGGGGCCGGCGUCAGAGAAGACAGUCGCUCUGGAUUUACACGACUAUAAUUGUGGAAAAUAUGCAAACUGUGUGUGAAGGGCUUCGUGUUCUCUGUCAGAUAGCCACAGUUGACCACUUUGAUCACCGGCCUAUCGCCUGUUCGGUGACGACCUUCUGUUGAAGUUUACCCAGGGUUUGUUUCCACUCGACUGUGUUUAUGUUUUUACCUUAUUUGACCCAUUACAAAUACACCUAAAUGCAUAAAGAAACACAUGUAUAUUAUAUAUAUAAAUAUAAGUAUAUAUUGUAUAUCAUUUUUUUGUAAAAGCCGUUUUGAGCUACAAAUGUAUGGAUGCAAUGCAUCAUGGGUUAUUGAACAAGAUGCAAGAAAAUACGAUGAUUUGUACCCACAGAGACAUGAUUACAGGAAAUGAAAUAAAACUUCCUUGUCUAUGCA